UGAAUUUUACAGAGCUUAGACAUUCAACGAUAUCACCAUUGCCCGAGCAUGUAUGAAAUUUAACAUCACGUUAAGUUAGAUAUCAGUAGCAACAAUUUUAUACUAUACAGUCUCCUUGUAGUUAGUUGAAAAAAAAGAAAAGUACACAAUGGGAUUCACAGAAUUGUAUAAUCAUUAUAUGAUCGAGAAAGCAGAUGUUCGCACAAAUGACUGGUUCUUAAUUCAUUCACCGAUACCACUAGGAUUGAUCCUUAUAAGCUAUCUUUAUUUUGUAUUGGGUUGCGGCCCCCGUUACAUGAAAAAUAGGCAACCACUUUCAUUAAAAACAUAUAUCAAAUAUUAUAAUAUUUUCCAAAUUGUUGUUAACGCGUUGUUAGUGUACUAUGUUGCAACAUCAGGAUGGACAACGCACAUCAAUUUUGGAUGUGUGCCAUUCGAUUACGGCACGGAUCCUAUUUCUAUAAGACUGACGCAUGUAAUCUAUUGGACUUUCAUUGUGAAGAUAAUUGAUUUAAGUGAGACAGCAGUAUUCAUAUUCAGAAAGAAGAACAAUCAAAUUUCUGGGCUUCAUCUGUAUCAUCAUGUCACUACAUGUCUGUUUGCAUGGCUGUCUUGCAAAUACUGGACCAGCUAUAUGGGAUCAUUAACGUUACUCAUUAAUUGCGGUGUCCACGUUAUUAUGUAUACGUAUUACCUACUAAGUAGCACUGGAAAACCUUCGAUCCAGGGUGUGCUAAAAGUUAUUAAACCAUACAUUACCAUCGUACAAAUGGUAAGGUACAAUUCUGGGUUCUCCUCAUUCAUGCCUUUCAAGGAAUUUUACCGUCGUGCGACAUACCUAAAUGGAGCCCUAUAUUACAUAUAUUGAAUUUGCUUAUAAAUUUCUUCCUGUUUCUAAAUUUCUAUAGAUCUUCUUAUCAUAAACAUAAGAAAAGUGUAUAGAAACAAAAUAUUGUAGAAAUGAAGAUAUGUGUUAGUAAAUGUACAUCCGAUUCACCAUUUUAAUUUCAUAAGUCCAUCAUUGUAGUCAUGUAAAUCAAACUCUAUAUUAUAUUAAACACAAUAUUACUUAAUUAUAUAUUCACAAUUGCCAUAGACACUGUUCAACUGUAUGUAAAUAAAUAAAUCAUCUUGCAAAUUUCUAGUAUUUUAUACAUUUUCAAUAUUAAAAUAAAUAUGUUCAAUACACUUUCAAAAAUAUAAUUAGAUAUAGCUAUCUAAAAUAUGAUGCAUAUGACUUUCAUUACACUCCAUUAUAAUAGGGCUCAAUGUUUUAAUAAUUCAAGAAUAUUAAAGGCCUAAAGUGUUUGAUAAAUGAUAUUGUCUCAACGUAUGGAACUGUCAUAAUUAUUAAAGAAUAAAUCAAUUCAA